UCUGUUUUAGGGUUUUCCGAGCGGUGGCGAUGGCGACUGCGAUAACGGGGACGACGAUGGAAUUGGCUGUGGGGGUGGCCCUGUGGAGCUCGCUCUUUACCGCAGUGCGCUUCAUCCUCUUCCCAAGCAGAUCUCACGAUUUCUCCAACCGCAUUGUCUCCCUCGUCCACGCCUUCGUCGCGCUUGCGCUGUGCACGCUCUCGCUCCACGACUGGCGGCACCCCUUCCAGCCCCUCGCCUCGCCCGCCUCCCCAGCGCAGGUCAGAGCAAUCACCGUGAGCCUCGCCUACUUCAUCUACGAUUUCUUCUGCUGUCUCCUCGAGGUCCCUUUCGAUGCCGCCACCGCUCUUCAUCAUCUGGUUAGCAUCAUGGGCCUGUGCUAUGGAUUUCUCUACAAAGUGUCUGGAACUGAGCUUGUGGGCUGCCUGUGGCUCAUGGAGAUGUCCAAUCCAUGCAUGCAUGCACGGGAGAUUCUCAAGGAGCUGGGCGUCAAAGAUCGACCACUCAACUUGUGGAACGACCUCUCAUUUGCGAUCACUUUCACCAUCGCUAGGAUGGGCUUCGGACCGUACCUCACUUUCAUCACCUUGAGAGCCAACAAUCCACUGACUGUCAAGUUGGGAGCUUCCGGGAUUCAAAUCGUUAGCGUCUUUUGGUUCUACAAGAUCGCCAGGCUCAUCCGCUACAAGCUAAAGAAACAAGUCAAGUCCAGCUGAUCGAAAACGCGGGUACCUUGUUUUGUUUUUACUUCCUUAUUGGUGCUCCAUAACACGAGCGUCGCAACUUCGAGCUUGUUGGAGCGAUCAAAGCUUUUUGUUGGCAAUGAGAAUUCCAUCGAUGUCCGAGUA